CUAAAAGUGGAGACUUUUGGAAGUUGAACCCGCGCCCAUUAACGUUGAGAAGAUUAACAUGUUGUUUACUUUGAUUAUCAGUACUCGAUAACCUACUGCCUCUAGUCCUUCUGUACACAAAGACAAAGUACGUACAACAUGCUGACUACCGUAAAAAAAUGAAGAAGGUGGCAACUUGGAAUGAAGUAAUUUUUGUUUGGAUUGAAGGACAACUUGGUAGUGAUUUCUUUUUUGUUAGGAUGACAGCUUGGAUUCUUGGAAGUAACAUUUUUUUUUAAAGAAUGACAACUUGUUAGUUAUGAAACAGGAGACAAAAAAGCUUCAGUGGGGACUGAAUCGUUAUAUCUAUGCCCAUGGCUGGUAAAUGUAUCGAUCCGGUUUGGUCAAUCAAAUGGUAAUAGAAAUGUUUAUAACUAUAAGAUUAACCUUUAUUUAUUACAAGUAAUUUUGAAACCAAUACCGAACCAAUUCUUUUUUCCGUGCGAGUAUGUGUUGAGUUUGUUGAUGUGACUUGGAUCGGACUAUCAGCCGCUACGACUGGUAAUCGGGGUCUCGUUGCCCGGUCAGCGAGUGGGGUCCAGGGGCAACGCCUCGGUGGGGGUGCGGGAGCAACGAUGUAUGUGCUCAAUGUUAUUUGGGUUCGGGUUCUUGGCCUGGUCUGUAACCGUUUCCUUUGCCAGAUUGGAUUAGGUUUAGACCCACAUGGAGAAGUACUAUAAAUACUUCUCAUACUCCUCUGUAAUCUGUAAUCUCCUCGAUAUAGUGAAACUGGCUUUCUCUCGCCCGUGGACGUAGCUAACACACAUCGUGUUAGUGAACCACGUAAAUCGUGUGUCUGUAUUUUUCGAUUCUCGCUUGCGUAUUCUUGCUUUGUCGAUUCAUGCGAUUUCCCGAUGAGUAGCAGCGCGUUUAUAACAGAGUCCUUCCCCACGGUUUUUGGGAUUUUAAUCUGACAAACCCAAAUCGUUAAAUACUAACCAACCGGUUUCUAAACUAUAAUAAUAACGUAACGUUUUAUAGUUUAUAUAUAUCCAAACUGGAUUCGUUAGGUGAGGUGAUGAGUGAGGUUUGAUUUACCGUUUCCGGAAGUUGUGGAUCUAUAUAUGGCUUUCCCUUAGUUCCCACUCAACCUCUACGUCCUCUUCAACUCCUUGAGAGAAACGGCACCGCCAAGUCAAUGCAAGCAAGCUGCAUCUCUUCUCUCAGUUCAGCUUCAGCAUGAGAACUCAACUUCCACCACCAUUCACCCUAGCGCGCUCUAUAUAUAUAAACAUGCAUUCUACUCACCCAUCAUCCAUAUUACAACAACACACACACACAAAAAUAUUCAUCACAAAUCCAUAAUUCACAAACCUACGUACCCAAACGAUGGCUUCCACCAACACAUGUCACGGCCUUCUCCAGUUCAUUGUAGCAGCAACCUCUUCCAUCAUGUUAAUGUCUUCACUCUGUCACCACUCCCAUGCUCAGAACUCGGCGCAGGACUACGUGAACGCCCACAAUGCUGCUCGAGCCCAGGUCGGGGUGGCCAACAUCACGUGGGACGCGACGGUGGCUGCAUACGCCCAAAACUACGCCAACGCCAGGGUAUCAGACUGCAACUUGGUCAAAUCGGGAGGUCCCUACGGGGAGAACCUAGCGAAAGGAAGCAGCUCCGUCUUCACCGGGACCGCCGCCGUGAACCUCUGGGCGGCGGAGAAACCCUACUACGACUACGCGUCGAACGCGUGCGUGGGAGGGCAGCAGUGUUUGGAUUACACUCAGGUGGUGUGGGCGAACUCGGUGAAGUUAGGGUGCGCCAGGGUUCAGUGCAACAACGGCUGGUGGUUCGUCACUUGCAACUACGAUCCCAAGGGCAACGUCCCUGCCCAGCGCCCUUACUGAUUAAUUGAAGGAAGGAAUGCCUCAUAAUAGUUAUAUAUAUGUUCAAUCAUCCCCACCGAACUCAUAAGCUAUAAUAAUAUAUAUAUAUAUAUGUUGGGCACGUGCAACCCAAAUAAUAAUAAUACUAAUAAUGCAUAUACCAUAUUCCAUCAUCUUAUAUAUUCAGUCAUUAUUAUGCUGUCAACCGAUAAUGUAUUUUUAUUUUUGUUUCCAUGGGAUAGAUGUGUGAUGAUGAUUGUAACUAUAUGAGUUGCUCCAUAAUGGAGAGUUUAAAUUAAAUCAAAACAAGAAUUUAUAAUUUCAGUAUCACUUUAUCCAUACACUUCUUUUAUGUACCAUAGGUAGUUUCAUGGUAAUUUAGCUAUUGAGUACUUUAAAUAAAUAUUUGUAUUUACUUUUUCGAAUAUAGCAAAACAAGUGGGAAAUUUAUGUUGGUAAUUAUUAUUAUUAUUAUUAUAUCUUUACAGUGCAAGUAAUCGGGGCGAAAGCCACUGUUCAUUACGAUUUUUUUGUUAAUUAGCAAAAUCGUACUUUUAUAUUUGUAAGCGCAAGUCAUUGGGGGAUGAUUAUUUCGUUCAUGGAUUUUGCUACACGCAAUCCCUCUUUUAUUUUUGUGCUCCCACACAAGCUCACUUUGGGUUAGCCAAGAACAAUAUCGCGUUCCCCAUUCCUGUGAAUGUGAUGCGUCCUUCUCCUUUCAGACCAUCCAUGUCGGUAAGGGUGUUCAAAUGGUUACCAUAGUAAUUAUUAAUAUAAAUACGUUUAAAUUUUAUUAACCAUGAAAUACAAUAUCAAAUGAUUGAGCAGAUACAAAAUCAAGAUACCAUAUUCUUUGGUGUUGAUGUAAUCACUGAGUUUUGGCCUAGUUGAUGGUUUACUCUUGGUAUUAGGAUUAUACUUGUGAUAGGUGAUAGAAAAUUAUUGUUUUACUUGAAGCAUAGAAACCUACAAGUUUGAAUGGAUGUUGAUACUGAUGGCUGUGUGUCUUGGCUGGGGAGAAAGAUGAUUAAUAAGUUGUUUGUCUCUUUAAUUUGGGUCGCUAUCAGAAUAAAAAAAAACCUGAGCAGCCAUGGUGGCGGAUAAUACGGGAAAGUUCAUUCUUUCACGUAACCGUUUUAUCACCUGGUUAAUCUUACUUGAUCGGAUUUCCACUCGUGAUAAGCUAAAGGGUUGGGGUGAUCACUGAUGAUAUAUGUCCUCUUUGUACUACUGCUGCAGAGUCUAAACAACACCUGUUCUGUGAAUGUUCUUAUUCAGGUGUCUUUGCUGCUGCAAUUCUCAAGACUGAUGUCUCUCUCCCGUUGGUCUGAAAUGGUAUGUUUGGGAUGUUUGUUGGGAAAGCUUUAAGAGGGAGUAAUGCUGACCUGAUUGAUUGUUCUAUUUGGUGUUAGGGGUUGUGUUUCAUAUGGAAAGAGAAAUGUCGUCGAUGUUUUGGGGAUAAUCCCCGGACUCCGGAUGUCCUGGCUGAUGCAUUUAGAGAAGAUGUCUGAUUGUAUGGUUGUGGAAAUUCUGGCUUCCACGAAGAGUUUAUGAAGAUCCCUAGUUAUAGAAAUGUAAUGUAGGUGUCUUUUAGUUUCCUUCUAUUCCUUUUUUAUUUUCUGUAAGAAGGUGUGGGCAUUUUUUGGCCUAUGUAUUUUCAAGACUCUUUUGCCAAUUUGGCAAACAGUGUGCUUAAUGGGAACUUCUAAUUACCGGGGAAAAAGCUAUAUGUUACUCAUUUGGUCGGGUGUGUUGCGAAAAAAUUCUUGCUUUUCGAUGAUAUAAAACUAACUAAUUCAUAAAAAAAAAAAUUGAUCGUGAAUAGGCUUUUAAUGGGCCCAACAAAAAUUACCUACACAUAUCACAUUGAUCUUUAAUUCAAACACAUAGAAUAUUGCUUGAAUAUGUUGACAAAUAGCAUUAAGAUUUAUUUAUGAAUCGUCCAAAGAGCAUAUUUAUAAUCAAUAAUUUGUGGCUUCCAAUAACUUGAUUUGUACUAAUCUAGUAAUCUAUAGCUCCAAAUGACCCUCCGUGUUUUUUUUCCAGAUUACAUGUUCAUCAUAUUGUCAACAUGUACUCAGGAGCUUUAAAUUACAAAGUUACGCAAAGCUCAACCUUAUGCAUUGUCAGUCCCUACCCAUCGGUCCUAUAUCUAACAACACUUCACAUAUCCUUGUCCACUCAAAGCAUUGAAUUAACACACCUCGGACUGGUAAUCGAUUUUGAUAAAUGGAUCAACCGACAACAAAGCAGGUAACAGCGGUUAUCGAUUAAACCAAACGGUCGGAGGUAGCCAAAACCUACCUAUCAACAUAUCGGAUUCUACCUAGUAAGUAACCUAGGGUUAACUAGUUAACAAGAUAACUGAAACCCAACCCUUGACAUAUGUGAAAAGACAGCAAACAACAACCACCUUUACCCUAAUUGUUCCUUUCCCCUACCUACCUCACGUGAAGCCUUCUCUUCUCUCCCUCUUUUUCUAAGUCAUAUCUCGUUCCCUUCUCUUCGUCUUCUCUUCUCCCUUCGAUGAGAGUGACCACCAGACCGCACCAGGUCCACCACUCACCACUCAUCAGAGAGUUGCAUCGAUGCUAGCCGCUGGUUGAAGCCCCACCACUGAACCCAAACCCAACUGGCGAUGCGUACGAUUUUGAGAGAGGGACGAGUUCUCUGGCGCUGAAGUUGCUUUCUUCUCCAAAGAGAGUUAUGAGCUUGGUAGCAACUUGCAAGUAAUUCUCAUGUCUAAUUUUCUCCUUAUUUACUCAUUUUUCAUACGCGCCCAAUGAAAUAAGUUGUCGACAAAGUUAGAAGUUUGGUCCCUGAUUGAUCAUUUGUGUACAUUUGUGUUGUAGGACAAAACCUCCUCCUGAUCGUCGACAAAGUUAUUAUGAGGGUGGUUUAUUUCCUCCUCGAAUGUCAACUAAAAACGACGAUACUCGUGGUUGAGUUUCAUAAUGGGCUGCUUCAGCUAGUACACCUUCCAUAGGUGUUGCUACUAGUUCUAAUAUGGUUAUUCCUCCAUCUGCAGGCUGCAGCUGCAAGACCUUCAAUUGCAAUUGCAACAAAUCUAACUAACAACACAGACAAGCAAAUCCAGCCCUUACUUCAAGUAUAGGAAGAGGAUAAGAUGGAGAUGGUGAGUCUAGUGAAAAUGUAAUAGAGGGUCAAGGAAGAAGAAAUCUAAAUGGUGGAUUCUUUUUAUGGUAGAUGACUACCAGGAUGACUACCCAUAUGGAAAAUGCAAACAUUAUGGAUAAUUGAUCAAAGCUCAUUCGAGCCUUAAUGAGACUACUGGAUUAAAAAAUCAUCACUUGGCAUGCGAGGGGAAGAGGAAGCAAGCUAGUGGUCAAACAACAUUGAACUAUCAAUCUCUUGACAGAGAGGUAGGAGCUUUCAAAACAAUCAAGACUACUCAACCUGCUUCAACUAAAACAUUGGUGUGGGAUGAUGCUUCUCAAAAGAAAGGCACAAUCACUCGAAGUCAAAUAAAAGCAUUCAAAGCUCAAUUACAAGCUUAUUCGGCAGAGUAUUUCCAAUUUUUGAGUCUGAUUUGUUCAUGGGCCAAGAGGUCAAUAUAAUCCACGUCCAAGAGGAAAAAGAUGUACCAGAAAAUCUCAAAGAUUGAUAUUCUAAUGCCCAAGUCAUCCAUACUUGUUGCCCAAGUUGUCUUUACACAAAAAUAGGAAGGAAAGAGAUUGUCUAGCUGCUAAGAAGUUUCUUUGAGCAUUAAACAUGACAUUAGAAAUUACUUAGCUAAGAAGCUUCCUUUAGCUUAAAAAAUGACGUAUCAUGUUUUUAGGGCAUUUUAUUUGACUUUCUUUUGGAAAUGAUCGAUUGUGUUUUUUAUUGGAAAAAUUUUUAGCAUUGUUUUAAUCGGCUCCGGCGGCAUGAGUAUUAUGGUUUGUUUAAAAGGAUCAAGGUGUUUCACUUGUUACUACAAAGGAUAUUAGUUGUAUUCUACUUGUAUAACUGAGAAAUCGAGCAAGUCAAGUUCUUAUUAUUGUUAUGAUCUUGUCUACCGGGGCCUUGUAGCCAUUAGAUGUGAGUUUUCUUGAGAUCAGUGGAACUCCAAUAUAUCUAACAUGUCGAUGAUGGGCGGAAUUGAUUACGUCGAAUUCUUGAAUUUAGGGGGGUCUAUGGAGAGAGAAAUAUGAAAAGGUUGGUUGUCGAAGGGAAGGGUUAAGACUUUGCUACGGUGACAUGCAUGUCACGGUGACUUGCACUUUUCGGUCGACCUCAUAGAGGAUCAAGUCGACCUAAUCUGUUGUUUCAGUGUAAAAACAGUUUCAUGGUGCCUACUUUGGAGAUUCAUAUCUUACAAUUGGCUAGAUUGAAAUUGGAUAUUAAAGGCUUGUUUUGAAGCUGAAGUGUCCCUCUACACAUUAACUUGGGAGCUCAAUAGAAAGUCCAGAAGACCAUUUUUGAACCUGACCAAAAGGCUAUGCCAAAACGGGGAAACUGCCUGAAAAUGGCUAAGUCUGGCAACGUGUUUGUCAAGCCUACUUUGGAGCUCAAUUUGAGAAGCAUGGAUGCGAGUCAAGUCUAGGGGCCUCUACCACAUUAAAUUAUGUAUUUUUUUAUACAAAGGCAAGGCAUUGGAUGAAAGAUUGAAUAUCUUUAAGGCUUCAAACAAAAGGGUCGAAGUUGCUACGAAGGCUGUUUUUCUGGCAGCUUGCUUGUGCUCGAAGUCUGCCAGAAAAACAGCCUCCAUAGCAACUUCGACCGUUUUGUUUGAAGCCUUACAGAUAUCCAAUCUUUCAUCCAAUUCCUUUAAUUUGUAUAAAAACAUACCUAAUUUAACGUGGUAGAGGAUUCUGGACUCGACUCGCAUUCAUGCUUCUCGAAUUGAGCUCCAAAAUAGGCUUCACAAACACGUUUCCAGACUUAAGCCAUUUCUAGGCAGUUUCCCAGUUUUUCCAUAGCCUUUUAAUGAGGUUCAAAAAUGGUCUUUUGAACUUCCUAUCGAGAUCUCAAUCACUUCAAUAUGUAGAGGGAUACUCCAGCUUCAAAACAAGUCAUUAGUCUUCAAUUUCCAUCUAGCCAAUUGAAUGAUAUGAAUAUCCAAAGUAGGCACUAUGAACUGUUUUUACACUGAAACAACAUAUUAGGUCGACCUGAUCCUAUAUGAGGUCGAUCGAAUCCUAACUGAGGUCGACCGGAAAGUGCAAGUCACCGUGACAUGCAUGUCACCGUAGGCACACCCGAAGGGUUAUAGGUUUUAAUUUUUAAUUGAGAGGUUGAAUCAGAAAAUAAUUAAAACAAAAUUAAUAUUAAAAGAGAGCUUUUGAUAAUUUCAUAGCUCACUAAAUGGCUGGUUAACGAAAAAUAUGAGUGUAGGUUAUCUUUUUUACGUUCUUAAUAUAAGAAACGUUGAUUUGUUCA